AUGAUUGCGGUUCCUAAAACAAGGAGAUACGAGUUUGAGAAAUUUAAACCUGUAGAAUGCAGAGUGAAGAUUUGUGGGGAGACUACAAAAAUGAUAGUUACAUUGAGCAACACCACACUCUAUCCUCGUCGACCGUUAGUUGUUGCAUCCAAAGCCCCAAACCCAGCUCUUUCCCGCCACCUUAAUCACACCAGAGAAGUUACGUGCUCGAAUAGAAAAUGCCGAUUUCCUGUUCGUCUCGUGAAUGGGUAUUGGAAAAUAAGGGCUAAUCCCGUGACAAGUUAUGAAGGGUUGUGGGAGGACCCUGAUGAUGCUAGUGAUGAUAGCGAGUACGACGAAACCGAUGAAGAUGAUGAGCAGGAGAAUGACUUGGAUUAUGAGAGUGAUUUGAAAUCCAAUGGCAAUGAAAAGGCCUCUGUUAGUAAUCUUGAGGAUUUAUCGAGGAAAAAGUACGAGGAGGAUCUUGUUAGAGAGGUGGAGCUAAUGUUAAGCCCAGAAGAAAAGGCGAUCUUGGAACAGAAUGAAGCUCCUAACCUGGAAAAAAUAUCAACUGCGAAAUGGAAGCCUCUCCAUUCUUUUGCGCUAGCAGGGCACAUAAAAUACAUGGAUAGCAUGCUUGAAAAGGGGUACGAUAUCGACCUGGUGGACAAGGAUGGAUUGACUUCCCUGCAUUUGGCCGUUAUUGGGAAAAGAGAAGCUGUCAUCAGUCAUCUCUUAAGAAAAGGAGCAAAUCCUGAAGCAAAAGAUAAGGAUGGUGCCACUCCUCUUCAUUAUGCAGCUCAAGUCGGAGCCUUGCAGACGGUGAAAUUGUUGAUAAAGUGCAAGGCUGAUGUGAAUGCUGCUGAUAAUGAAGGGUGGACACCGUUGCAUGUGUCCAUGCAAACCAGAAACAGAUAUAUAGUCAAGGUAUUGUUAGUGUGUGGUGCUGAUAAAACAAGGAGGAAUAAGGAUGGAAAUACACCACUUGAUCUUAGCUUAUGUUAUGGGAAAGAUUUCAAGUCAUAUGAACUCGCGAAGUUAGUGAAGCAAGUUUCGACCACCAGAUACACGUGAAGACUGCGGUUCUUACAUAAGCAUGCGUUCGACUCGUAAGGGUUUAGAACCAUGUUAAGAGGGAGGGUCCCACAUGGAAUCAGUUGAAUGUGUUAAAUCCGUUGUUUNUUCUU